UUUAGACUUUCACGUGACCUGGGUUCGAUUGUUAUUUACUAAUUUAGAUCUAGAAUCUAGAUCUACAUCUCAGUAGACUGUAGUAGAUGUUAUCAUGAUGUAAUAGUUACUAGAGUUUACUUCUGAGCUCUUGUCUUAGCCGUAACAUAUUUCAGAAUGUAUUGUGGUGAAUAUUGGCUAAUACUUCUGUUGGCCAUUUUUUCAUUCACUGCUAGAAUUGGUGAAAGCAAAAAUGUUCAGCGAUAUGAGCCAAACUGGCAGUCACUUGAUGCAAGACCUUUGCCCCCAUGGUAUGAUGAAGCAAAGAUUGGCAUCUUCUUGCACUGGGGUGUCUUCUCUGUGCCCAGCUACGUAGGUGCCUGGUUCUGGUGGUACUGGAAAGGGACUCAACCAAGCUUGGCAGUAGUAGAGUUUAUGAAACAGAACUAUCCACCUAGUUUUACCUAUGCAGACUUUGCUCCUGAGUUUACAGCAGAGUUCUACAACCCCAACCAGUGGGCAGAUAUUUUUAAAGCUUCUGGAGCACAAUAUGUUGUGCUUACUACUAAACAUCAUGAGGGCUUCUGUCUCUGGCCAUCUAAAUAUUCCUGGAAUUGGAACUCAAUGGAUGUGGGGCCUAAAAGAGAUUUGGUUGGUGAACUUGCUACAGCCUUGCGUAAAAAUGGAUUAAAGUUUGGAGCUUAUCAUUCACUGUUUGAAUUCUUUAAUCCACUUUUUUUGAAAGACCAAGAAAACAAUUUUACGACCCAAGAAUAUGUCAGGACUAAGACGAUGCCAGAACUUUAUGAACUUGUUAACAAUUAUAAACCUGAUCUCAUCUGGUCAGAUGGUGAAUGGAUGGCUCUGGAUACUUACUGGAAUUCUACUAAUUUUCUUGCCUGGCUUUAUAAUGAUAGCCCUGUAAAAGAUACUGUAGUCACCAAUGAUAGAUGGGGCUCCAACACAAUGUGCAAACAUGGAGGCUAUCUGACCUGCAAUGAUAAGUUUAAUCCAAAGGUUAAACAAGAUCGCAAAUUUGAAGAUUCAACUACUAUGGAUAAGUAUGCUUGGACGUAUAGACGUAACCUGAAACUAUCCGAUCUCCAUUCAAUCGAGGAAGUGCUGGAAAUAGUAGCACAAGUUGUCAGCUGUGGUGGCAAUCUGUUGAUCAAUGUGGGACCCACCAAAGAAGGAACAAUCGUUCCAAUAUUUGAGGAGAGAUUAAGGCAGAUGGGGGAGUGGCUAGGAGUCAAUGGUGAAGCAAUCUAUGCCACUAAACCUUGGAGUCAUCAAAAUGAUUCUGUUAAUGCUAAUGUGUGGUAUACUUCAAAGAAGACAGAUAAUGGUACAAAUGUUUAUGCUAUUGUUCUGAAGUGGCCAAGUGGGCCAAACUUGAUAUUGGCUGACCCGUUACCCUCACUCGACACUGUUGUGACUUUGCUGGGGUACCCAGAUACUUUUAAAUGGAAAGGUGUAGGAUCUGGUAUGGUAGUUAGCAUACCGCCUAUUCCCAUCAACCAGAUUCCUUGCAAGUGGGCCUGGGUCUUUAAACUCACAAAUAUAAAAAACUAAAUACCUUAAAAACUAUCACAACUUAUGUCUGCUAUGGUUUUUAUUACUUCAAAAUCUGUUUUGUUUUGUUUUCUUAUGUUUAAACUUAAUAUUAAGUGCUUGCAAUUUUUAAAGAUGUUUUAGAUUUUUUUUUUCACAAAUCUACAUUCCAAGUUGUUAAUAUUUGGUGCACUUCUAGAGAUGCCUCUAAUUAGAGUUGUUUUUUAUGUCUUUUUGCUGCACAAAAUCAAUUUUAUAAGACAUUUUAAGCAAUGCAAACAAUGAGAACAUAGGUAUUAUUACAAAUCAAUAAACUUUUUUUAUUUGUCAAUAUGAAUUUUAAAGAUAAAAUGUUUCCAUUGUUUUAAAAUAUAUAUUUUUUUAUGUUUGUUAUCUAUUAAUGAAACAAGGUUAAUUAAGCUGCCUAGAUCAUGACCUGGUGAUAAGCUGAACUGUGUAUACAACACUCGCCUAGUUAAUCACUACAGAAGUAAAUGUAUACAAACUAGUAUUAGCCCUACCUUUGUACUCUUCCAUUAAUGUCACCAGAAAAUGUACAACUUUUGCCUUGAUUUAUAUUUAUCUUUUGUUUUUUUCUUACUUUAUUGAAGAAUAUGAUCCAUAAAUCUGCUCUAUUGUAAUAAUCUAGAGCAGUUUUUUUUUUUAUGAUAGCUUUGUCAUGUGACAUGCAUUUUGAAGAAUUGCCUUGUUGGUCCCCCGGGUUUGAAUCUGCCCGCUGCCAUCUCUCAUGUCCUCCUGCAGGAGGAUUGGGCUUGAAUAUUGAAGGAAUAUCCAAAACAUAAAACAAAAAAUGCAGCAUAAUGGAUUAAAAAGUUUCUGAUCAUAUUAAAGAUCUUUUCAAUGAUUUAUGAAUUACUUUUUAAAAAAAUAUAAUUUUAUUAUAUAAUUAGCAGGUUUUGUUUUUUUUUUGUUAGUUUGUUUGUUCUUUUUAUGACUAACAUAUUUUGUUUCACUGGGUAACAAUGUAAAUUUUGAAAAAACUCAAAAUAGUAUUGACUUGUAUUAUAAUUAUGAACUAUUUAGACUAAAUGUCUGGAAACUGAAAGACUAUUAUAAAAUGGCAAAAGCUUUAAAAAGUUUUUUUUCUUCAAUAAGUGAAUAUUUUUUUUAACAUUUUCAAAAGAAUCUUUUUUUUUCUAUCCUUAAAAAAUAACUGAAAAAAUAACUGUCAUUAUAAUAACUCUAGUCCAAAAUAUUUAUAUAAAAUCAUUUUAGUUAUUAGACUAUCAUAACCAAUUUUUGUUAUAGGCCUAGUCAUUUACUGUGAAGUUCAAUAAUACAAGUAUAGUUUCUAAGUUUCUUUUUUACUGCUGCUAAAAAAUUUCAUUUUCUAUACUUGCGGCUCUAACUUUGUUCUUGCUGUCAGCCUUAGCAUGUCACACUUCCCAUAUUUCCAACAUAAACUUUUUCAUUGCUGUGAAAACACAUUCUUUGUUUAUUCAACUAUUUCUUUUUAGACAAUUAAGACUUACUAACUAGGUCUUAGGGCGACUUGAUUUUCUUCUGUUCAUUUUUAUUUCAAAAACAUUCAGCCCCUAGUCCCUUAUCUUUCAAUUCUGAGCUAUCAAAAGUUGAAGCAAAUUAUACUGAAUAAGAAAUGGCCUAUGGGGAUGUGGUGGCUGAAUAUUAAAACGCUUGGCUUCUGAACCAAGGUGUCCCCGGUUUGAAUCUUUGUGAAGACAAGGAUUUUUAAUUCUGGAAUUCUUAGUACACCCAUGACAGAUAACUCUAAUGAGUGCCUGACUUAAGUUAGGGAAAGUAAAGUCAGUUGGUCAUUGUGUUGGCCACAUGGCACCUACAUUAACUGUUGGCCAUAGAAACAGAUGACCUUACAUCAUCUUCCCUAUAAAUUGCAAGGUUUGAAAGGGGUACUUCACUUUUUACUUGAGAUGGCUUUGGCAAUUUACUUCUUGAGACGAGAUCUUUUCCCUUUCCAACUUGCUGGGGGAAAGCCUGAAUCUGAGAGCACUUAUUGUUAACAUGAGUUUUUCCCCAAAAAAUAUUUUAAAAUCCUGUUGUAAACAUUUUAAAUGUAUGUGUGUGUGUAUAUAAGCAAAACCUUUGCAGUCUCAUUUUCAUAUUUAUUCUUAUCCAACUAACUGAGAAUAAUUUUAAUAAAAGAUGCAUUUUAAAAUAAUUACUUCUCUUUGAUCAAUGUUAGAAAUUUCACUCUUGCCUUUUGUUUAAAAAAUGUGAUUUUUUUUUUAAUUUAUUAAAAUCUACUUUAUAUUUGCCAUUGCUUUUUAUAUUUACUGUAUUUGAUAUUAGAAAAAUAUUUUUGAUCAAUUAAAAAAUUAUUACUAUCAAA